GCAACGGGCUGCAAACUAAUUAGAAGUAAUUAACAAGUGUCACGUGACCCGCUCUCUGAGUCCCAGAGUGAGAAGCUGAUUUGUCUGGAGUAAAAACCCAAAUCUAAAAGCAAAACGUGUGAGGAGAUGAACUGCUGUUCCGUAAAACUGUGUUUGGUAUCUUUACUGUCGGCCUUGGCGGCUCAAAUGUGUGGCUGCAGCUCAGACAUCCAGAGAAGGAGAAGCUCCGAGAGGACGCACCUCGCCCUGCCGACAGUCACGUGCUCUGAGAAAGGAAUGAGAGCUGCGUUUGGCCCCCUGGUCAAAGACAAUUUGCGUGUCAGAGACCCUGCUGGUCCCUUACAUCCUGUGCUUGGUUCAGAUGGAUCCUGUGGAGUGAAGCUGAGGAACAACCAAAGCCUCUCGUUUUUUGGCAGAUAUGACAGCUGCUAUGCUCGUGUGGAGGGAAGCAAAGUGAUGUUCUCUCUUCUAGUCCAACUGACUGGAGAGGAUCAAUGGAUCAGAGUUAAUAUCAGCUGUCCUCUGAUAAAGAGAAGCAAAUCAAGGGUUGACCCCACACCAUUUCCUGGUGAGUGCAUUGUUGAGAAAUCUUUGCAAAUCCAGUGUGGCCACCAAGUUAUCAAAGAAGAUGCCUGUACUAAGCUGGGAUGCUGCUACAAUACUCGCACAGCAAGCUGUUACUACAGACUCAAUGCAUGCUCUCUGGAUGGCCACUUUGUGUUUACUGUGAAGGCUGCAGACACCCACCCACCCAUUGAUCCCAGCACCCUUGUGAUCAAGGAUCAGCCUCAGUGUCUCCCGACAAUCACAACCUCAGAUGUUGCCGUCUUUAAGAUAGGAGUCCAGGACUGUGGUGCAAAAAUGAAGAUGGAUGGAGAUCUGGUGAUCUAUGAGGUGGAAGUGGAGGAGCUGCCUCCAAAAAGUAAAAGCAGACCUUCACCGUUUAGUCUCCAAGUUGAAUGUGAAUAUGAGGAAUCUGAUCUAAUACGCGCCAAAGAUCUGCGGUCCUUCUAUACAGUGACCAAUCCCCCGCCUGUGGUCGCACAAGGAACAAUCAAGGUGCAGAUGAGAAUAGCUACAGAUUCAUCCUUUACGGCCUUCAUUCCUGAGGACCAGCUUCCUCUGACAGUGCCGCUGCGGAAAGCUGUGAAUGUGGAAAUCUCCAUCGCGCAGCCGUCUCCGGAUCCCACACUUUUUCUGCGUGUCAGAGACUGCUUCGCCUAUCCUACAUCCAAACACUCUGUGUGGACUCUCCUCCAUGAUGGAUGUCCCAACCCUCUGGAUAACUUGGGGAGCUCCGUGCCCGUCGAUGAGCAGGGAAGGACUGCCUCCCACUCCCAGGUCAGGAGGUUUGAUGUCAAGACAUUUGCCUUCAUGGACCCAAAUACAGGCCACCCAAGCAGUGAGGAGAUGUACUUUUACUGCUGGGUGGAGAUCUGCACAGAUGAUGUUGAGUGUGCGCAGCGCUGCACCUUGAUCUCAUCUGAGGGAGAAAGGCAAAGAAGACAAACCAAACUUUUUACACAUCAGCUCCAGCUCGUCUCCUUUGGGCCGCUGUUGCAAAGCGGCACUGAAACGGAUACGAUUACUUUGUUUCAUGGGUGGCUGUAUCUUCUCCCUGCUGUUGGAGCUGCUCUGGUGUUGGUUCUGCUGAUUGUCUGGUUAAAGUUCAGGUGUCAGAAGACUGAGGGGCAGCAAACAUAUGAUGUUCACAGUGAACAAGCUCAAUAAAUCACUUUAAAUAGGA